GGAGAUUAUUUAUCAUUGUCUCUCACGCCAAACGACCCCUACUUGUUUAGAGACCCGUAGAGUUUCUUUCAUUUUGGUCCCCUAUUAGACCAUUAAAUUGCAGCAUUUCCAUUUUCUCCUCACUCCCAUGGCUGCUAUGAGCUCUUUCACUCUUCUGCGUGGCCCGUCAAUAGUGAAAGUUUUGGGUUUCAUAAAGGCAUCAAAUUCCAUACCAAGAAUUGUACCUACCUCUCUUCGUAACCUUACUUCUCACAGGUCUUAUGUAGCUGCUGCGCAUGAUGAGGAAGCAGCUGCCAGGGCUGCUGCUGUAAAUGCUGAUACAGGAGCUCCAACCAUAUUUGACAAAAUCAUUGCAAAGGAGAUACCUGCCUCGGUGGUAUAUGAGGACCAAAAGGUUCUUGCUUUUCGUGAUAUCAAUCCUCAAGCUCCUGUUCAUGUCCUAGUUAUCCCGAAGUCGAGGGAUGGAUUAACAGAGCUUGGAAAGGCUGAGCAAAGGCAUGAAGAUAUAUUGGGUCACCUCCUUUAUGCUGCCAAGAUAGUAGCGGAGAAAGAAGGCAUUGUAGAUGGCUUUCGAGUUGUUAUUAAUAGUGGCCCCUCUGCAUGUCAAUCUGUAUACCAUCUUCACUUGCACGUACUUGGCGGGAGACAGCUGAAAUGGCCUGCGGGUUAGAAUCAAGCUUGGUUGUGUGGCAAGUUCUCCAUUUCUCUGUCUUAAUGCAUCAUGGCAUGUAGACUGAUGUUCAUGUGACACACCAUUAUUAUAUACUAUUGUUAUAUGUGAUUCAACUAUAUUUGGUGAAUGACUCAAAAUAUUUUUCUUCAUUCA